UCGCCCUCUUCCCAUCUCAGAGUCUCGGCCGCACUUCCCCCGGACCCUAGCGCCGAGAGAGAACUCCCUCCCCCGGCUACCAGAAAUGACGACUCGCUUCAAGAAGAACCGCAAGAAGCGCGGCCACGUCAGCGCCGGCCACGGUCGCAUCGGCAAGCACCGCAAGCAUCCCGGAGGCCGCGGUAACGCCGGAGGCAUGCACCACCACCGCAUCCUCUUCGACAAGUACCAUCCUGGGUACUUCGGCAAGGUCGGCAUGCGAUACUUCCACAAGCUCCGCAACAAGUUCUACUGCCCCAUCGUCAACGUCGAGAAGCUCUGGUCGCUGGUCCCCCAGGACGCGAAGGACAAGGCCUGCGGCCCCGCCGCCGCCCCGGUGGUGGACGUCACCCAGUUCGGGUUCUUCAAGGUCCUCGGGAAAGGCGUCCUGCCGGAGAAGCAGCCGAUCGUGGUGAAGGCCAAGCUGGUGUCGAAGAUCGCCGAGAAGAAGAUCAAGGAGGCCGGCGGCGCCGUCGUGCUCACCGCUUAGGUGCCAUUCGGUAGCUUUAGGGUAUCCGUUUUCAGUUAUAUACAAUUGAUGCGCUUUCCAUUAUGAUUUUGACGUUCGGUUGUAAUUGGAUCUGGAUCUGUUUACUUUAUGUAGCUCAAUUUCUGGGUAAUUCUCUA